GGUAAAAUGAUUUUGGUGGCAGUUAUGAACGACCAGACUGUGACACUACAAAAAUUUCUAUGUGGGUUUUCGUUUAAUAAGCCCCAAGCUAUUCCAGUCGCUAAGAAAUAAUUAACAUUCUAAUUUCAGCUUUGUUUUUGGAUGAAAAAUGGACGAGACUUGUGGCGGAAUUCCAAAAUGAAACUGCAAAUCGACAUAUUUCUAGAACAUUCAGUUGUGUGCGCACCUAUGAUAUCAUCCAGCUGACAUUACUUAAAUAUUUGUGAAACAACAAACAUUUUAUAAAUAAAAUUUUGUUUUUUAUUAUAAAGUUUUUUAGUGUGUUGGUGAAAUUUACAGUGACAAUCAAAAUUUUUAAAUUUGACGUUUUAUUUUGACAGUUUUGUCAAGAGGUGGUGUUAUUGAUCCUGUAGAGGCCCAAAAAAGCCAAAAGUUUAAAUUUUAAAUAAAUAUAAUUCAAAAUGGGUACACAUAAAGUGGAGUUGUAUAUUUAUGAUCUAUCCCAAGGCAUGGCAGCAAUUAUUUCCCCUACAAUAAUAGGAAAGAAAAUUGAUGGAAUUUGGCACACGUCCAUAGUGAUUUAUAACCGGGAAUAUUUCUUCGGGUCCAGAGGCGUUGAAAGCUGUAAUCCUGGUACUACGGCAUUAGGGCGUCCACUGAGGGUAGAAGUUUUGGGAGAGACACAGGUCCCCUACACUGUGUUUAUUGAUUAUUUGAAAGGACUAUCAGAAUCUUCCUUUGCCGGUAAUACAUACAGCUUACUCCACCACAACUGCAACAACUUCUCCCAUGAUAUAGCUCAAUUUUUGUGCGGUGCGUCGAUACCCAAGUACAUCUUAGACCUUCCCAACGAAGUACUCAACACCAGUUUGGGUCCCAGCUUUUUGGCUCUAGUGUCGCGGUUGGAGAACAGCGCGAGGCCCAUCAGAGAGGAACAGACCAGUAGUAUUAAGGAGCCCAGUCCCGAUUUCGACCAGUUAAACUCACAGAUCGAGGAAGCAAGAUAUAAUUCGUUUCUAUUGGAGCAGCGCAGAAAGAGCAUAAAGGAUAAAAUAGCCAAGAAAGAGAAAAAGCGGGAGAAGAAGCGCAAAAAGAUACUGGAAUCAGGCGGAGUUUUACCACCAGAACUUACAGAUAACGUAACAAUGGCCGACACAGAAGCAGUGAACGGACAAACGCAACUUCCCUCAGAUCAAGCACUAGCGAUGGAAGAAGAAGAAAGACGGGAGGAGGAAGCUAAGAAGAAAGCCAGGGAUCCACCAAUAGUUUAUAAAGACAUAAUUGACGUAAAAGCAGAAUUUGACGCCUUGGUCGCCCUAAUCGACGGAAAGCUAACACCAGAAGAACAAAGAGCAACGGAAGAACUUCAACAAUACAUGAUUGGCGAUGAAGGAAGCUGGGCCUUAAGUGAUGGGUUUUUGGAUUUCGUAGGACGAUUGCUCAACGAUCCCCAACUGUCUGUUGACGUUAGAGUGAAGACUGUCAAUGUUUUGGCUAUGGCGGCCUUGAAAGAUGACGUCAUAUUAGUUCUACAUCAGGAUCGAAAGGACCACGUCUUGAUGAACUACGCUUUUGAAAUCGACAGAUUGAGCAUGCCAGAACAGGAAGCAAUUGCUGUUUUUAUGGCGAAUAUGUUUGAGAAUUUGAGCUCUUCGGAGUGGUUGCUGUACAUUUCCGAAUGGUCAUACAACAACCAACAGACCAGCAACAUCAGGGUGACGACCAAAGUAGCAGUCCACUCCCUUUUAUCAGACUCGCCAGUUUUGCAAGACCGAGGCUCGGCUAUUAUCCACAAUCUUGCGUGCAAGGAGAAAUUCAGAAAUUUUCGGAUACGACAACGAUUUCCAAAAGGGAGUUUAUCAAAGGUGUUCGAUGACGUGGCCGUCGAGCUUACCAUGGCUCUGCUGCAGUAUUUCAACUCCAAACCACCAGAGGAACAACUCUUCAGGUGCUUAAAAGCGCUAGCCAAGUUCGUCCAAGUCUCCACGCAAGAAGUGCCUCAACUAAUCCAGAUGAUCGGUCCCGAUCCAAGAAGCUUUAAGGGUACCAGCGAAAGGAUCGAUAUCCUAGUUGAUCAAAUCGCCGCAAAAUUGCGGUAGAUGUUUUGUUUGCUCCGUUUUAUUUAUUUAUUUAUUUCAAAGUUUAUUAUUAAUGUUAACGCAGUGUCACGGGUGCUGGAUAAAGUCUAUUGUUAAAAUUAUUGAAUGAAACAAAAUUUAGUAGUCAAAAAUGUGUUGUAUAAGUUGAUUCUGACUAGAAGCUUUUAUCAUUAGUCAUCCCUAAAAUGUUUUACACAUGAGAUAGUUUCAUAUCAUUCUUUUCAUUGAUUCAUUCAUUUCCAACGAAAAUUAUUAAUACUGCUGCAGUUUAUUCUAUAUAUUUACUAAGUAAAAGUUGUUUUUAAACGUGUUGUAAAAUAUUUUACCCUUUUAUGCAAUUUUAAAUCAUUUUUAAAGAGUUUUAGACAAACUGUGGCGCAGCUCGGUCUCUUUAGGAUCAUAUAACCUCAAAAAAAUUCGCCGUGACGUCACACCAAUAUUGCGCACGAUACCUAUCGUUAGAAAGUGCCCUUGAAUUUUGUGGUGACUGUAAUUUAGAAAACAAAUGUAUAUCUGUGAUUUGUCUUAUCAAUUUGUCUUUAAAAAUAACAAUUAACGGCUAUAGAUAAAUUUGCUUUGGAAAUUUAUUGCAUUUCACUCCUUUCUAGUAGUUGUCGCUCUUUUUUAAUAAGGUUAUGUUUUUGGAAAUUUUUGGUAUGUUGUUUUUUACCUUUUUACAGGAGAAUCUUUUUGUAAUCAGUUAUAUCUAAUAAAGCCAAUGAUAUUA